AUGCAAUCACCCACAAAAACCGAAUUCACUUCGAAGGCGACGAAGCCCGCUCACGGCUCCAAACCUGUGUUUAAAGAAAAAUUCGUAGAAAUAUAUGAAAAAUUCUUCAAAGGAAAUGAUCCUUCGACGGAGUCACCGAAUUUUUGGAGCGAAUUAUUUUUACUCCGAGUCAACUCGGCCUAUUUGACGAAGCUCAUCGCCGAAACAUCUCAGGAAAAAUUAUUAACCAUCAAGAAUAAUAUUAGCAAAAUAUUCCUGAAAUCCAUCGAAGCUUUGAAAGAGGAAAACAGUAAACGGAGGAUGAAUGCAAUUGAGACCCUUUGCGUACUCCUUCAAGGAAUAUUUGACAAGAGAUUUAACAACUUUAGUUUCGAAGUUAUUAAUCUGCUGACCGGGUUGAACAAUGCCGACAUCAUAUUCCCGAAAUUGGUUGAUGGAAUUUAUUCUUUGAUGAAAGAUGGGGAAUCAGUUGAGAUCAAGUGUGAAGCCUUGCGCCUUGCGAUUGUGGUGGUAUGCGGGAAUAACAAUAUCAACCAGAAUAGCAUAAACGAGUAUUUCAUGAAAAACGAGAUAUUCGAUCCAUUGUUGAAAAUGAUAAUAACACCCGAGGUUUCACAUGUCGCCUACGAUGCUAUCAUGUUGCUGGGCAUCUUGGUCAAUUAUAAUAAGCACGAAUCCAAGAAUCCCUAUCUGUCAAAGAUUUCGGAAAUCAGGGAUGAAUUGAUCUUUCAGAAAAUCAUGAAAACCAUAGCGGUCACCUGCUUGAAAUGCCGCAAUGAGUACAUUGAUAUCCAAGAUGAUGAUGAGACGAAUAAAUACACAGUCACCUCAGUCUUAUCUUAUGUUGGUGUCCUUCUUCCUUGGGGAGGAAACGGCAGCGCACGAAGAAAAACGGGUGAUCUUGACCCCGAGUUAUCAUUUGGUCAAUUACCAUCAACGGAUGUCGCGAUACUUUUAAUAUUUUACGAUCUCGUGAAUAACAAUAAAAAGUUCGUUGCGCACAUAGCGAAAUCCAUCACCGAACGCGGCUUGAACGUCGAGGUCAAUCCCGACGAUAAUAAUGAUCCCGCAGCUUAUGAUAAUCUAUUUUACGAGAUUGUGAGAUCAGACGAGGUCUUCAAGAAACUUCACGGAAUAC